UCGACCAUCCUCCCUAUCCCCAGUCCUCUUGGGUCAGUGUCCUGGCCACCAAGGCACCAUGGGGGACAGCUGGGUGCGUGUUCUGGCUCUGAUCUUCUUAGGAGCUGCCAUGUGUGCUCUGGCACAACCCCGGGGUCGCAUCCUGGGCGGCAGCGUGGCCCAGGCGCACGCGAGGCCCUACAUGGCCUCAGUGCAGGUGAACGGCAGUCACAUGUGCGGCGGCUUCCUGAUAGCGGAGCAGUGGGUGCUGAGCGCCGCGCACUGCUGGGACAACACGACCGACAUGCAGGUGCUCCUGGGCGCCCACUCCUUGUCGCUACCGGAGUCCUCCAAGCGCCUGUACAAUGUGCUUCGCGCCGUGCCCCACCCAGGCAGUAAGCCCGACACAAUCGAUCAUGACCUCCUCCUGUUGCAGCUGUCGGAGAAAGCCGAGCUGGGCCCAGCAGUGCAGAUUCUGGCGUGGCAGCACGAGGACUUGGAUGUAAAGGGUGGCACUCUCUGCGAUGUGGCCGGCUGGGGUGUGGACAGUUACACUGGUCACCGACCUGACCUCCUAAAGAACCUGACGGUGCCUGUGAUGGAUCGCGCCACCUGCAACCUGCGGAUCUACCACGAUGGCACCAUCACCGACAGCAUGAUGUGCACAGAGAGUCACUACCGCCGAGACAGCUGCACGGGCGACUCCGGGGGACCGCUCGUGUGCGGAGGCGUGGCCGAGGCCGUGGUCACGUCGGGCUCCCGGGUCUGCGGCAACCGCAAGAAGCCCAGCAUCUUCACGCGCGUGGCCCCCUACCAAAAGUGGAUAAUGCUAGAGACGAACGACACCAUCAGUCACCAGAGUAACCUGAGCAAUAAAGCCCUGUAGCAUCCAAUGUCCAUC